AUGGAUGGCUACCCUUUGGGAAGCCUCGAUCAUAACGUGCCGCUCCUCGUCGUAUCGGGGUUGAGCUCCGGCCAGGACCAGGCUGAGCAGCCGCCCAAGGCCAAGGGAAAGGCCAAUGGCGAGGGAGUGCUGCUUCGAUCGGAUCUGCCGCCGCUCGAGGGAAAGGAGGCGAGCUUCUUGGAGGCCUACUUUGAGAGGGUGAACGAGCGCGGCAAGUCAUGGACUGUGGUGACGAGGGAAGAGCCCUACAGAGUUCGUAUCAAGACCGUUGGCAGGUCCUUUACGCUUCCGCCUCGACGAGCGACGCUGCCUGAGACGAUCGAACCGCUGCCGACGGCCCCCGUUCUGCACUCGCCCUUCUCGCCGCUCAGUCCCUCGUCUGCUCUCUAUCCUGAUGGGUUGAUGAAUGCGCAGUGGAUCAGGAAGCAUCAGGAAGAGGUCCCGAGCGUCUUCGUGUGCUUUCAUACUUUGACGAGCGAUCCUAAAACAGCGACGCUGCAGGACAAUCGACUCAAGGCUGAUCUCAAUGGUAUACGAGCGACUCUGGUGGAAUCGGGAUACAAAACACGCCUCGUUGUGAUCAUUCUUGGCGAUCAGGAAGCUAGGAAUAAUCUGACUGCCGAAAUGAUACAGGACCGCCUGGAGUAUAUUCGGAGGGGAACAGGGUUGGAUCCUAAGUCGAUCUUCUACAUCCCAUCGCAGGAAACGCAGUCGGAGCUGAAGAGGGUGAUGGACAGCAUCCUUACUCUGCUGUACAACACGGCCAUCGAGUACUAUCGAGAUCUCGGGCGGCAUGCGAGAAAGAAGCGAUCCCGAGGUAUUGUGCCCCAGCCAACGUUGCCGCCGACAUCUGGAACGUCGCAGACAUUGGCGCUGCCCGAUUGGAAUUUCCGCUACGAUUUCAAGUCUGCCAUUUUCGCCGAGUUUCGCCAGGAGAUUGACGCCGCAGUUCGCUCUUUCGAGCAGGCCUAUGAGAUCUUGCUGGGUCAAGAUGUGCUCGACAUCAUUCCCAGCUGGAGCCCUCGCUGGAACGAAGCGCGGCUUUUGGCAGACAUUAUAUCCAUUCGCUGUCUGCGGCUGCAUCUGUGGAUGGGGCAGACCAGUCUGGCAGUGAGGAGAUGGCAGUCUCACCGCGACCGCAUCGGCGACUUUGUCGACAGACGAGGAAGAGGCACCAACAACUAUGGCUGGCAGGCUUGGGAAUCCCGGUGGGCAAUGGUCAUGGCCAACUUGAUUGAACUGGUACAGGUUCCCGGCCUGGGGCCUUCGAGCAUGACCAUUUUCCUUCCGCCAGAGAAGUCUCUUAUCGGCGAGCGCUUGCAGCCCUGGGAGCAGUUGCACCACACAGGGUACUGGUAUCGAAUAGCUGCGCGCCAUCUGGGGGCUCGGAGAGCAUUGGCCCAUAGGAUACCCGACGAUGACAGGGGAGCGCCGGACGCUUCGCCUGCGUCGAGGGUAGCGAGCAAGGCGAUUCGCUACGAUACGUACAUGUGUCCUUCACCCCACGAGGAAUAUCCGUUGAACGGAAACGGAGUUAACCAUGCGCAGCUCAUUAUUGACUGCCUCCUCAACGCGAGGUCGCAGUUUCAAGCCCGGAAACAGCACCGAAUUGCCGCAGAGAUUUCACUCGAGUGCGCAAGAGAAAUGGCGACAAUGAAGUCCUGGAACGAGGUGCUUGCGAUGCUCAGACCGCUGUGGGAAGAUAAGUCCUUCCGUUCAGAAUGGUGGUUGGACAUUUCUGAAGACAUCCUCUGGGUGAUGAGGCGAGCGGCAGCUGAGACUGGGCGGGCGGACAUUGUAGUCGCGAUCGACUGGGAGCUCAUGGAUAGCAGGUAUACUCGAAGACAAAACUGGCACUACGACCUCGGCAAGUCAUUGGAUGGGGUGGCUUCAACAACGAAGCCGUUCAUCACCAUCUCGGAUGACUUGGCCUCAUCAUUCGUCGCAGCAUCCUUUGCCUUCCGCUCCAAGGAGGGCCGGGCCGGUGAAACAUGCCUAGCCCAGCUGUCAUUAAAGUCUGAAGCGCAUCCAGUGGCUGCUCCGGUUAUCUUGUCCUCCAUUCGGAUCGAGUUUGAGGGACACCUCAAGCCCAUCACGCUUGUACACGAUUCCUCCGCUGCACCGACAGACUCAUUGAGCGAGCCCAUCUCUGUGAGCGCUGUUUCAUUGACCGAGCGACUUCCCGAAAGCAACGAAAAGGAUGCCUACUUGAGUGGCACAUGCGAUCUGACGCUCAAGCCCGGCCACAGACGGGUGUUGGAGAUGAACAUUCCCUUGCGAGAACCAGGCCAGGCGUCCGCCUCUCGUGUGAUUCUGACUUACAAGGCUGACGCCUUUGAGCUGGAUUACACGCUGUCAUUGGCGGAGCUGGGCAAAGCCGGAGCGUGGUACGUUCCCGGCUCGGCGAAACCGCGAUUAUCGAGGCCCGACGGGCACGUCCUACAGAUACAGCCGCGGCCUCCCAAGAUGAAGCUGAAACUGGUAGAGCCUCUGGACCAAUACUAUGCGAACGAGCCGAUUCCCCUACGAAUCAGCUUACUCAACGAAGAACAUGACGCGGCCAACGUGAAGCUGGACGUUCGCAUCGUUGGAACGACGAUUCCUCGGUUCCGAGUGGAUGCUGGAGAACACAAGCGAGAGGUGGACGCUGCGGAAGAAGAGUCGCAAGUGACGGGGCUCACUCUUGGUCGCAUAGCAAGCUCCUCGUCGAUGGAAGUGUCGAUCCACCUCGACCCUGCACCAGCACCUACAGUGUUCGACAUAGAGAUUCAAGCGGACUACCACUUGGAAUCAGAUGCGGCAACACCCAUUUUCCAAAUGCUGCCUAUUCACCUGAACGUGGUGAAUGCAUUUGAAGCAAACUACGAUUUGAUGCCGCGGCUGCAUCCUGAUGCCUGGCCAAGCCUGUUCGACUACGAGGAUGUGCAAGACCUGACUGAAGGCGAUGUGAUGCCGGCCAAGGGUCUUGCGCAGCAAUGGUGCCUGGUCUGUCACUAUGCAUCGUUCGCUACAGAAGAGUUGGACGUGGUGGGAUUAGAUCUGCUCGUUACGGGCGUAACGCCUGGCGGCCGGUGUCAAGUUGUGAGCCAGCCAGAGUUUUCGGCAGACGGCAUGCCUGUCGCUCCACAAAAGAUGUACGAAGCUCGAUUUGACCUCGUGGCGCAAAAGGCCACGCUGGAUGAUAGGCACCCAGUCGCCAUAGACUUGGCAUUUGCAGUCCGCUGGAGACGACGACAACAACGACAGCCGACAGAGGGAGAGAAGAGCCCGGUCAAUAUCACGACGAUGACGGUUGGGCAGUACAUGGUGCUGGGAACGGAGCCCAGGGUGCUGGCAUCGGUGCUUCACGGAUCGCAGGAGCAGGCCGGGCUGGUGCGGCUCGACAUCACGAUUGAGAACCCGUCGAGCCAUUUCCUGACGUUUGGACUGGCGAUGGAGCCGAGCGACGCCUUUGCCUUUUCGGGGCCGAAGCAGACGACGAUGCAUCUGCUGCCCAUGUCGAGACGGACCAAGACGUACCGGCUGCUGCCGCUCGUGCGCGGCGUCUUCAUCCGGCCGGGCCUGGUGGUGAGGGACAAGUACUUCCAGAAGGUGCUGCGGGUGAUUCCGACCGAGGGGAUGAAGAUUGACAAGGACGGGCUGCUGGUAUGGGUUCCUUUGGCGGCUGACGGGGAAGUGAGGGCGGAGGGAUAA